AUGUCCGUUCUACGUACUUGUCGGCAUGCUCUUCCGAGGCGUACAAUAGGCGUUUCGUCUUCGUUCAUACGCGCCCUUAGCUCUGAAUCCAGCGGAACACCAGCUCAGGCUCCAGAGGGGCAACAAUCCGAAGUUACACCCGCUCCUGAGCGAGAGAUUGUGACGGCGGAUGUCGUUAGCGGUGCCCCUACCGAACUUCGUCACCGUGCUGUAAGAAUAUUCCAGCCGACGCGGAGUACCACGCAGAGCGGAACUUCGAAGUCGGAUCGUUGGAGUAUCGAUUGGGACAUUCUAUCCGGAGCAGGACGUUGGGAGAACCCGCUGAUGGGUUGGGCAAGUUCAGCGGAUUACAUGCAAGGCACUCGCUUGUCGUUCCGUUCGAAGGAGGAUGCUAUCCAUUUUGCUGAGAAGCAAGGUUGGGAUUAUCUUGUGCAAGCGCCGGAGAUCAAGCGCAUCCCUCCGAAGAACUAUGCUGAAAACUACCUCUACCAACCGAACAAGCUGCGGCUCGUUCGUACGAAGUAA